GGGCGGUGCGCGCGCAGCCGCAGACCUCGGCCCGAUGGAGCCCCAGCCCGCCGAGGUGGAGGUUCCCGCCGGGCGCGUGCUCAGUGCCCGGGAGCUCCUCGCCGCCCGCUCGCGGUCCCAGAAGCUGCCUCCGCGCUCGCAUGGGCCCAAGGACUUCCUCCCCGACGGCUCGGCGGCCCAGGCCGAGCGGCUGCGCCAGUGUCGCGAGGAGCUCUGGCAGCUGCUGGCGGAGGAGCGCGUGGAGCGCCUGGGCAGUUUGGUGACUGCCGAGUGGAGACCGGAAGGGGGCUUCGUGGAAUUGAAGUCUCCAGCGGGUAAAUUCUGGCAGACCAUGGGCUUCUCAGAGCAGGGCCGGCAGCGGCUUCACCCCGAAGAGGCCUUAUAUCUGCUGGAGUGUGGCUCCAUCCAGCUUCUCCACCAAGACCUGCCACUGUCUAUUCAGGAGGCCUACCAGCUCCUGCUCACUGAGGACACUGUGACUUUCCUGCAGUACCAGGUCUUCAGCCACCUGAAGAGACUGGGCUAUGUGGUUCGACGAUUCCAACCAAGCUCCAUCCUGUCCCCUUAUGAGAGACAGCUGAACUUGGAUGGCAGUGCCCAGAGCUUGGAGGAUCGGAAUGGCAAGAGGAAGAGGAGGAGGAGGUCGAGCCCUCGGUCCAUUAAUAAGAAGGCCAAGGCCCUGGAGAGUCCCCUACAGGGGGUGGAUGAGACAACUGAGAGCCUGAGAACCUCCAGCCCACCUCCCUGCAACCAGAACAGCCGAUGCCCAGAGGAGAAACCUCAGGAGUCGAGCCCUGUAAAGGGCCCAACGGACCCCGCUCCGCUUUUGGGAUCCCUGCAGCCCUGGCCUGGCCUGGCCAGCGAGGGGGUGGGGCGCAGCCAGCAGAGUGGCAAAGUAGAGAAUGGGGUUAAGGGGGUUUGUAAGCCACGCUGGAACUUUGAGCACAUCUCCUUCCCCAACAUGGCUUCAGACAGCCGCCACACCUUUCUGCUUGCCCCAGCCCCAGAGCUGCUCCCGGCGAACGUCGCGGGGCGGGAGACAGAUGCUGAAUCCUGGUGCCAGAAGCUGAACCAAAGGAAGGAGAAGCUCUCCAGGCGGGAACGGGAGCAACAAGCAGAGGCCCAGCGCUUCCGGGAGGAUGUGAACGCAGAUCCCGAGGUGCAGUGCUGCUCCAGCUGGCAGGAGUACAAGCAGCUGCUGCAGCGGAGGCACCUGCGGAUCCGCCAGAGCCGCCCUCCACACCUGUGGGACCAGCCGGUCCACCCCUUGCUGAGUCCCGACCAGGCAGAGUCCCCAGCCACAGUCCUUCAGCAGAUCUCUGUGCUGCAGACCACACACCUCGCUGAUGGGGGUACAUGGCUGCUGGAGAAGUCUGGAGGCUUGGAGAUCAGCUUUGACAUUUACCAGGCUGAUGCCGUGGCCACAUUCCGGAAAAAUAACCCUGGCAAGCCCUACGCCCGGAUGUGCAUUAGUGGAUUUGACGAGCCAGUUCCAGACCUCUGGACCCUCAAGCGGUUGUCCUACCAGAGUGGGGAUGUUCCUCUGAUCUUUGCCCUGGUGGAUCAUGGAGACAUCUCCUUCUACAGCUUCAGGGACUUCACGCUGCCCAGGGAUCUGGAACACUGAUCAUGCCGCUCUGGCAGGGCAUGGGACCUGCCCUGGAGAACCUGGACUGUCUACUCUCAGGGACCAUCUCAGCUGCCUCCUAUACCCAGACUCUGACCUGUAGCUUCAGGGGCUAGUCUGGGCCUUGGCCCUGGGUGUCUGAUGCUUGCAGGAGAAAGAUGCCAUGCCCCUUACCUGGCUUCCAUAGCCCCAUGCCUGAGGUUGCUGUCUUGCAGCGAUCCCCUUGGAACUCAGGACUAGAUUUCAGAGACCCAGCGGGUGGGGCAGAAGAGAGGACUCUGUGCCUUUAAACGAGAGGGUGCCUGCUUCGUGCGAAAAAGCCAAAGCCAUUAAAAAAUAGAUCCCUUUUC